AUGGCAGACAACGCUACAGAACUACUCGAAAAGGCCACCAUCCUUUUACAAACAGGCCAAGCCGAAGCAGCUCUCCCUCUAGCCCAGCGUGUCCUUGAAAUAUCGGACGAAAAAUCACCCAACAACACAUUAUUAGCGAUUAACCUUGUCGCAGAGAUAUAUGUCGAAUUGGGCGAAAUCGAUGCCGCGAGAGAAAGUUUUUUACAUGCUGUACAACUUGAUCCGGAGGGGACGGUACCUGAGUCGCAAGGUGGAGGGGCAGAGAAGUUUUUUUGGCUUGCGCAAUUGAGUGAACAAGGUGGUGCGGAUAGUGUGGCCUGGUAUGAGAAGGGUGUCGGCGCUUUGAGACAUAUUAUUCAAUCGCUUGAACAAUGUGGGGGAGCAGAUACGGCUUCGGUGCUUGAAGAAAAGAGGAAGAAGUUGGCAGUUGCUCUGUGCGGUGUGGUGGAAUUAUAUAUGACCGAUCUUUCAUGGGAAGAGGACGCCGAAAACCGAUGCGAAACCCUAAUCACCGAAGCCCUUCUCGUCGCACCCGAUCAACCAGAUUGCUUACAGACCUUGGCGUCUGUGAGGAUAUCCCAGACACGCAUCGACGAUGCGCAAGCUGCGCUUUCUCGCAGUUUAGAGCUAUGGCAAGACCUACCGCCUGAAGAUCCCAAAAUCCCAGAUUUUCCUUCACGGAUUAGUCUUUCACGACUCCUUAUGGAAGUACAAAUGGAGGUCGAGGCGCUCCAUGUCUUGGAACGAUUGAUCCUCGAGGAUGAUGAGAGUAUUGAGGCUUGGUAUUUGGGCGGGUGGUGUCUAUAUCUGCUGGCAGAAAAGGAGAAAGAAGAAUCAUCCGACGAAAAACGACACGAAUCUAUGGUUGCCAGUCGCGGAUGGUUGAAACAAAGCUUGAAACUGUACCAGAAGCUCGAAUAUGAGGACGAGAGACUCAGGGAUCAUGCGCUUGAACUUGUUCAGGAAUUGAAUAAGGAACUUGGUGAGGAUAUGGAUGAUGACAGUGAUGACGACGGGCCUGUUUUCCCUGGUGCUGAAGGGGAGGAUGAAGAUUGGGAUGGAGAGAUUGAAGCAGAGUCCGAUGAUGACGAAGAUCAGGAGAUGAAAGAUUCAUAA